AUGGAGCAGGGCGAGACGCACGAUAUAAGCAAAAAGAGCAGCCCUCCUGGAGACAUUUACCCCCUAAAAACCCAACGCUUACUCGGGUAUCACGCUCUCUCUAUAUUACGGAUCAUCUACGGCUUCGGCUGCGCUCCGAAAAUCCCUCGCACCAUCAAAGGCCCGCGGCCGUCUGUCAGUCACGUGUGCGAUUAUUGCGGUGAGUGGCAGGGGACGGGUGACACUAAGCGGCCCGGCUCAAAGCACCUCAGUCAGGGCUGGCAGGUCGCGGUGACGCCGGGGGCCGGGCCGUGUCCCUCACCGGCGGGGAUUAGCCGAGCCAGCUGCCAGCGCGACGCCACUCUGCUCUCACUCACACUUAUGCGAGGGGGAAACGUGCGCUAA